AUGUUCAGUCCCGAUACCACUUCUUCCUAUGGUACACUAGGCAUCCUUCCCAUCAACGUCAACUCCAACAUUCAUCACCCCCACCACGACUAUAACCACCACGACCGUGGUAUCAUCAACCCUCAUAUUCCAUCCUAUCACCGCGCCAACCGACACACCUACUCUUCUCCACUCAACCUGCAAAAGCACAGUCAAGGUCGCUACACAACUUCAAACUAUCUCGCCACCUCUUCUUCCUCCAUCUCCUCUCCAAAUCCUCAUUCAAAUCAAUCCUCCUUGCAGCUUCACCCCACAACAACUCAGGUUCAGCACAUCCCUCACUCUAUCUCCACCGCUGCCCCUGUUUCUUCACACGCCCUCAGUCUAAGCACCGCAGAGUUCGACGGCGCCUCUUGGAACUCUGCCCGACGCCACUCUGAGCUCCUUCAACAGCAGCAGUUACUCUACCACGACUUGUCUGAAUUUCUUGCACGGACGGCCACAACCACAAGUAAAGCCACCGACAACAACGACGCGACUUGUACUACAACUGAAGAGACCUCCUACACUGUCGCAACAGGGUCUCAGCAAUCAACAAAGACGUCUCUAUCCACCAUAAACGGAACUGCCGCCCAAUUGGGCGGCAACGGCUACAACAACAACAACGACAACCACAGCAAAACCGACAACAAUAACAUCAAAGAUUACACAGACAUGUCAUCCGACCUUGCGGCCGAUGGAGACUUUAUUGUCCGAGCAUCACACGAAUACCACACCGACAGUGACGGACACCUUUCGUUUACUCAGUUCCAGUAUAUCAAAGUGCGGCAUUGUGAUGCUUCAGGAUGGUGGUUUGGCGAAAGCGAGAACAAUCGUGGGUGGUUUCCCAGUAACCGCGUUGAAAGAGUCGCAGACGCUUACGAGUCAGAGAUCACCUCGGAGGACUAUGACCAGAUUAGGACCGGACUGGAUGGCGUGGAGAUACAGUUCUUGGGCGAACCGGUAAUAGAAUCCCUUGUGGACAGCAUACAACUGGAUUGGGGAGCAGUCGACAACAGCGGAGCCGCCAGUAGCGCCACCAGCCAUUCGCCUGCUGGUGGCCGGACCAGAGCUGGCCAGCUCGCCUUUCCUCCCACUCAGCUUUCCGUACCUCAACCUGCCUAUGGCUCUGAAGGAUCAUCGACAGACAUGGAGAGUGAGAUGUUUUAUCAUCAUGCCAUUUCCUCGACCACCAGCGUCAACACCGCCGACAUCACCUACGCAUACUCGGAUUUCGUCUCUGAAGUGACUCUUUAUGUCAUGGAGUUGCGGGAUGCGACCUCAAAAGCCGAGCUCGACCGAUAUCAACCCAUCGUCGCAAAAGUUUUUUCAUGCGUCAAGGCCCUGCUGAUCUUCACCAACACCAUCGCUCGCGAAAGUCCCGUCUUGGCAACAUACCCAGAGCUCGCACGGUCAAGACGAGUCAUUCUCAGGGCGCUAGGAAAACUCUACUCCAAGUGUCGUGUUGCCAACGGAUCGCAGACAUUGACGACGACCCGACAGCGCCAAUUCGCCACGGAGAAGCUUGGGAUCUUUUCAGGACAGGUUCUGGAGGGCAUCACCGAUUUCGCAACAUGUGCUCGCGAGAUUGGACUCCGGAUACGAGCAGAGGCAACCUCGACCCAUGAAGGAGAAUUGGAGAUGGUCUUAAACGCUAAGGGGGAAGUCGACACUUCUCCACCCAACUCCAACUCUCACGGACGACCACGCCGACGUGUCUCCCGCGCCAACUCUGCCAAGGGGUUCAAGUCAUUCAACGCCGUCCGACAGUGGAAGACGGAGCACCUUCAAAAGCACAAUGCAGCCAAGAAGGCCGUUGAGUUUCUUUUGAGCGAGUACAUGGAAUGCUUGAACGGCAGCUUUGGCAGCAAAGGGCUCAGCGGAAUCAUCAGGACAACUUUGCAGUCGGCACAGGCGGUGGAGGCGUUUUAUAUCAGCGCGGACGACACAAAGGUCCGGACGUAUGUCAAGGAGGACGAGCAGUACAUCAUCCACAAGACUCAGCUGUCUUCAACCCUCAUCGAGCUAUUCGAGUUCAUUCAUAUUAUGGAGAACGUAUUGACUGUCAAAGGGCCAUCGUCCGAGAUUAUACUCAACAGGCUGAUGAACCUCGCCUCGGUUCUCCUCAAGUGCCUCAUCGACUUGGAGAUCCCAUCAAAGGGUCAGAACUCGAACCAGGAAUCACCGCAGUCCUCAACAAAGCGUAUCUCUUUCAGUCAGGACCAACAAGAUACUUUCCCAUUGCCAGGAUUCUCACCGACGCCAUCUGAAGAGUCACAAAUAGAAGCAGAGGAACGCCAUAUUCGGGAACACUUGGCUGCAAAAGCAGCAGCAGCCUCAUCAAAGGGCACCACUUCAAGGAACACGGCACCAGCACGGCCCAAACAAGCGACCACUUCGACCACCAGCCAGGGAUUCCCUCUCAACCGGAAAUUCGCCUCGCUCACCUCACUUAGCGACCAGUACAAGCGACAGGUCGAAGGGGAGCAUCAUUGUGCAGAGUUGGAUGCGUAUGGCGAGGCGCACGAUUUGGAGCGGAACCAUGUUGACUUUUAUCGGCCGAGCCAUGACUCUGCGGUUAUCAUUACAAGCGGGAAGAACACUCCUCACCACAGCAUAAUGAACGGUCAGAAGGGAGCCAAGCCGAGCGUUUCCGUUGUCGAGGAAGAUGAUCACCGGUUCGAAGCUGCAGAUCCUCAUAACAACGGCAACGCGCAGGAGCAGUUAAACGGCGUUGUCAAGGAUGCAGAGAGAGCCAUCACAGCUCUGUAUCUUCCUGUAACGGAGGCGAUUCACCAGCUCGAGCAGGAGGAUGCUCCCGCAGCCGUCAACAUCAAGCAGCGAGGCAGUUUGCCCGUGCAGGGCGACCCUGCCGUCGCACACAACCCCAGGUCACCUUCACGACCCGUCUCGAGACUCCAGAACUCAUUCGAAUCGCGACCAAUCAACCCUGCCACAAGGACUGUCCGGCCUGGCAGGUCUGCGCUGGUGCAUCCUACAGCGACAUCGCGGAUAGCCAGGACCCAGCCAGGAGCGCCUAACACAAGAAACGGGCAGUCGCUUGUAGACUUGGAGUCGGAAGAACUCUCGCUUGAGAGGUCGGAGAUGACAGGAUUGGGACUCAGUAUGCCAGCAAGUGCUCGUACCAAGAAAUCAUCGUCAGCAACAUCGUCCGCGAUCCCCAGCCAAGGAGCAGGUUCGGGAGCAAACAUUCGACCCUCGGGAAUUGCACGCGUCCGAAACCCCAUCCCAGCGUCGCCCAGACUGGAAUCCUCCAAGAGGAUGCCACGGAGGGAUCCAUCGCCACACCCUCAUAGCCCCAACAUGACAUCGGAGUCUCGCGCGUCCAACCGAUCAGGAGGCCAAACCCACACCAACCUCGUCCCCGGAAUGCCGUCCAGCUCAAGGAGAGGAUCAGUGCAGUCCAUUCGCAGCGAGGUGGCACUUCCAAGGAAAUCGAGCGAGAGCCAGGCUAUGCGUGAGCAGCGCGAGCACGAGCCCAGGCAAGAUUAUCAGGAUCGUCGCCAACAGCAGCACCAGCACCAGCAACAAUACCACCAACAGCAGCAGCAGCAGCAGAGUCAAGCAACAGGCCGUAGAGGCUCCAAGGUAUCUGUGAAUGGCUCAUCCUUGCGAUCAGAGGCUCAAGCCUCGAAAAGCGACGACAGCUUACUCUCUGGACUUUUGACCCCUACGACGCCUCACAUUCAGACAUUCGUGGAGGGGCAGGGCGCGAGGAGAUCAGGAAAGACUCAACGCCGUGAGAGUGUGAUCUCGAAUCUGAGUGUCGCCACUGAGAGUAGUGUCCAAUGCAGAAGUGGAGGACGUCCCCUCUCACCCAAUCUGCGUAGUCGAAAUAACAACCAGGAUGCCAAUAGUGUCAGAGGACGCGUCUCUACUGAAAGCACGAUGAGCGUCCAACAGCAGUCUCGAGGAGGUCCGAGCCCUACCACUCUUCGAGCACGUCAGAACCGGACAGGACUGACAAGAGCCAGACUUAGCGGCGAGUUCAAACAUGGAGCCACACCUGCGACAGCUACUCCUUGGUUCCUUGAGGAUGACUAUGAACCCGAAGAAGUGCACUACAAUGACAACGGAACACUCGUCGCCGCCACCCUGGAAGCCUUUGUUGAAAUGCUCACUACUCACAAGAACGCUCCAGAUACGGCACUCGUCAUGACAUUCUUCACGACGUUCCGUCUGUUUACAACCCCUCUCGAGCUGACUGAACUCUUGAUCAAGCGGUUCAUGCAACCCCCACCUUCGGGUCUGAACGAGAACGAGCUCACGAUGUGGGCACAACAGAAGCAAGACCGUGUUCAAAAGAGGGUGCACAUCGCGUUCAAGACGUGGUUGGAGGGAUAUUGGGUGACUGAGAAGGACCGCGAGGCUUUCCGACCUAUCACGGAGUUUGUGACCCACGAGAUGAAGAAGACAUUGCCUGGACCUGCUGGCCGUCUCUUGGAUAUGUUGACCCAAUGGGGCAAUAAACGUCGCUCGUUGUGCCUUGGUGGCCGUUCUCAAACCAUCAACAGGGCUCGAUCUCACGACCGUCUGAACCAAUUCGCCAAGGAUCAGCAACAUCAAGUUGAAAUCGCCAGCAGUAGCAGCAGCAAGCCAUUUGCGACUGUGAAGGACAAGAGCGCAGGUCGAAAGGGUCUUGGAGGCCUUGGCGGUCGAGAUAGCACCAACAGCCGUGGCCCGCCUGCACCAGCUGUCACCAAGGCGCUCUUGAACGCGUUAUCGAAUGAGGCGACCAUGACCAAAGUCCCAGUGACGGAUGUCAAGGCUGUGGAGCUUGCGCGUCAGAUCACCAUUUUGGUCAGCAAGUUGUAUGCAGACAUUCCCUACCUCGAGUUGCUCAACAAGGACAAGCCUACUUGCUCUCGGAUGAUUCAAGUCUCCAACAAGAUUACGGAGUGGUUGAUUGAAACGGUUGUCGAUGAACAAGAUGUCAAGCGACGAGCGACGAUUGUGAAGCACUGGAUUGAGGUAGGCGAGGAGUGCCUCAAGAUGAACAACUUUGAUACCCUGAUGGCCAUCACCAACGGAAUCGAGUCCACCCCUGUCAGCCGUCUCUACAACACCUGGGAGGGCAUCAACAAGGGAUAUUUGGAGCGAUUCCUGCAACUCAAGAAGGCCAUCUCCAGCGAUGCCAACUACAGCGCCUACCGAAACAAGCUGAAAACUGUCCAGACACCCUGCAUCCCUUUCCUUGGCCUGUUCUUCAAGGCGAUUACAUACAUCGAGGAUGGAAACUCGCCCUACAAGGAGCUCACUCCUCCACAAAGCUCUUCUUCGGCCUCUUCUGAUGUCUCUUCCUCCUCUCAAGCCCCACCAACAACACCCGUCCCAGUCUCGACUCGUAAACUGCUCCGCUACGGCCGGUUCCAUCAACUCGCCAAGGCAGUCCAAGAGUUCCGUAGCUUCCAGGGUUCCUACGAGUUACUGGAAGUACCCCGACUCCGCGACUACAUCAACAAGUGUAUGGAGAACCAGGACCCCGAACGGAGCUACACCAAGAGUUUGGCGAUUGAACCUCGUCGACCUGCACCUGGUCAUAUCCCUGGCGCCCCUGGCCGGAAUGGUGGUGGACAGGCUACAGGAGGUCAAUCGCAGUCGCAGCAGCAACGGGCGAGUGGUGGCCAUAGGAGUGGCCUUUUCCAAAGCGGAGUGUCGAGUUCUGAAAUGAAUAGCGGGUCUGGGCCUGUCAAGUUGAACAAGCUGUCGUUCUUCAGGAAGAGUAUACGGACUGAACGCUCCUAA